CAUGAGCACUCCCAUAAAUAUGAGAGCUUCACGUAGGCUUGCGAUUCGACUGGGUUUUGUUCUUCGAUGCCCGUGCGAAGUUCGUAGAGAGAGGAUUUGGCUGGAGGAACACGAGUCCACGCAGAUUUCCUGAUGGAUUUCCAGGAGUACCUCAACCUGCAGCACCGGACGUUCGUGCAGUACUACCGAUGCCUGUCGAUGUCUCUCCUGAACAAGGAGAACGUCGACGAGGACGGGAACUGGGUAAUCAUGCCACCAUCUGCCCUUGAUCGCCUUAGCCGCCUCAAUGUCGACUGCCCGAUGCUGUUCCAGAUCCAGAACCCCAGCACGGAGCGCGUCACGCACUGCGGCGUGCACGAGUUCGUCGCCGAGGAAGGAUUCAUCCAUAUGCCGACCAGGUUGAUGGCGCACCUGGGUGUCCAGGAGAACGAGCUCGUGCUGGUGAGGAACACGCUGCUGCCCACGGCCACCUUCGUCAAGCUGCAGCCGCACACCACGGACUUCCUCGACGUCUCCCAUCACAAGGAACUGCUGGAGUACAACUUCCGCAAGUUCAUCUGCCUGACCGCCGGCGAGACGAUCGUGGUGACAGAGGGCGAGCGGCGGUACUACCUGGACGUGUUGGAGGCGCGGCCGGCCGACGCGGUCCGCACCAUCGACACCGACUGCGCCGUGGACUUCGCGCCGCCGCUCGACUACGUGGAGCCGGAGCCGGCGCCCGCGCCGGCCCCGGCGGCCGUUGCCAGCCAGGCCAACGCCAAGCUGUCCCGGUUCACCGGCGUCGCGGCGCGGAUGGACGGGAAGCCGGUGGAGCAGGCGCCGCCCGCGCCGGUGCCCGUGGGCAGGCAGGGUGACCAACCGCGGAAGCCGGCCCAGUUCACCGGCGUCGCGGCGCGGAUGGACGGCAAGCCGGUGAAGCGGCCGCCGCCUGCGCCGUCUCCGGCGGCGGCGAGCGCCGGCGCUCUGGGUGCACCGAAGAGCAAGGUUCGAUUCGGCGACCCCCCCUCGGCGGCUGGUAGAGGCAAUGGGAAUGGCGUGAGCAAGGCGGAGGCGGCUGGAGGCAAGGAACAGGAGAAGCGCUUUGUCGGGACUCAAUAUUCGUUGAAGGACUGAUGAAAUAAGAUCCUUCUUCUGUCUUGUAAUUCUCGCGGCCAUUUAGAACAGAGAAGUGAAUUCAAUUUUUCUUUGAGGGGGUAAAUGAAUUUGAUUUGAUUUCUCGAGGAUUUCAAAUUUGCUCGUGAUGCUCUCUGGGCAAGUUCAAGUGCAUUGGAAUAGAACUUGUAGUUUUAUCUUGUCUUUA